CACUACUGCUGCUACUCACUGAUUAACUGUUGGGAUAGACAGGGCAAUAUGGUUUGCAUUAAGCCCAUUGCUUUUGUGCUUGCAGUUAUGGCUGCUGCGUUGCUUGCCCCGGUGGGUGAGAGCCGCUAUGCUCGGAAGGACCUUGGUCUCAACCUGGGACUUGGAGGGCUUGGAGUUGGUAUCGGCUUGGGCGCGGGAGUAGGCGUGGGUGGUUCCGGUUCUGGUUCGGGCUCAGGGUCAGGGUCAGGCUCGGGCUCGGCAUCAGGAUCAGGGUCAGGGUCAGGCUCGGGCUCGGGUUCAGGAGGUCUAGGUCUCGGACUGGGUGUUGGGGUUGGUGUUGGUCUAGGUGGUGGCGGCUCUAGUUCAUCUUCCGGAUCGGGUUCAGCAUCUGCCUCUGGCUCAGGAUCAGCUUCAGGCUCUUCUGGAUCAGCAUCAGCUUCAGGGUCAGGCUCCGCUUCAUCCUCGGGAGGGGGUGGGCUUGGGCUCGGACUUGGACUUGGACUUGGCGUCGGAUUAGGUGGUGGCUCUAGCUCGAGUUCGGGGGCUGGCUCUGCUUCGUCUUCUGGCUCUGGGUCGAGAAGUGGCUCAAGCGCUGGAUCUUCAGCCGGAUCAAGCGCAGGGUCCUCCGCGGGAUCCAAUGCUGGGUCAUUUGCUGGAUCUAGUGCAGGUUCUGGUGCCGGUACAAAUGCAAGUUCAAGCGCAGGCUCUAGUGCCGGAUCAAGUGCAGGUGCCGGAAAUGUGCAAGGCCGCCAUUGAAGCGGACUAGGGGGAAAGCCCCAACCUAAAUAUACAACAUAAAUUAUAGUACGAAUUAAAGGUUUUCUAAGAUUUAUUUAAAUUUAGAUGUAUGAUACAUCUAAAUUUUAACAAAUCUCAGACAAUCUUCGUGGGAUAGAGGGAGUAUAUGGUUUUGGACUAUGGAGAAGGGCAAUGGCAAUAUACGGAGACUGCUUUAUUUAAUAUGUUGUGAAUAAAGUAUCCUAGAUGAAUCUUAAUUAAAUAUCAUUUGUGGUUUCUCUGCUCUGAAAUUCUAUUCUCAUGCUUAGCGCUCCCUGUGCAGUGCAUUAUGUAACAAGUUUUGCUUGAAUACAAAAAUUA